UCUGAAAAAAAGAUAAAAGAAAUCCUCUAUAACUAGGCAACUGCUAGGAAUGAGGAUGAAAUGUGAAGUUAAAGAAAUAUCAAUAUGGAAGCAGUAGAGAGAAAUUUCUUCAUCUGUCCACAUCCCUCCCCUUACCCUCACCAAACAAAACACUGAGCCUGCAGAUGUGAUGCUGUUCCAUCACCUUCCCCUCGGGCUCACUGUGGCACAGAGCCAAAGCUGCUGAGGCAACUGGAGAGCAAGCUAAAAACCCUUCCAGGAAGAUUAAUUGCUUCAUGAUCUGCUUUAUGAACUGAGCUCAAAUUCUUAUGCAGGUGUGGAUUUGGGCAGUUUCAGAAGGUGCACGUGGCUUGUUCUGAUACCCAGUCGGGCUCUUCCUGUGCAGUUCCAUCUCAAGCCUCAGGGCUGCACGUACCACAGACUACUUUAUUAGUGGAGAGGAAGCCUUUGAAUAGGAAGUGGUUUGCCAAAAAAUUUCUGGCCAAUGAACAGGAACAUGUUUCAGGGACCUAAAAUGUCUGAAAACAUUUCAUUCUUUCAUUACAUUAUCUUACAAUAUAAUCAUCUAGUGUCUCUAUGUGGCAGGUCCUAGCAAGAAUAAUUAAGAACUCCCCUCAAGUUGCCUGCUGUUUGGUUGAGGAAACAGUUGCAAUGGAGUACAACACACGCUCUAACCAAGCCUGCAAGAAGUACUGAGGAGGGAGUACAGGAAGGCUUUGGAAUAGAAUAUCCAUUCUGUGCCAAGCAGACAGGGUCUUACUCUGCCACCCAGGCUGGAGUGCAAUGGCAUGAUCAUAACUCACUGAAGCCUCAAACUCCUGGGCGCAAGUGAUCUUCCUGCCUCAGCCUCCUGAGGAGUGGGGAUUUCAGGCACGUGCCACCACGCCAGCAGGUGCAGUGGCUCAUGCCUAUAAUCCCAGCACUUUGGGGGGCUGAGGCGGGAGGAUUGCCUGAAGACAGGAGUUUAAGACCAGACUGGGCAAAAAAGUAAGACCCCCCAAUCUCCACACAAAAAAAAUUAAAAUUAGCCAGGUGUGGUGGUGUGUAUCUCUAGUUCCAGCUACUCAGGAGGCUGAGGCAGGAGGAUCCCUUGGUCACAGAAGUCUGAGGUCACAGUGAGCUGACCAUGCCACUGCACUCCAGCCCAGGCAACAGACAGAGACCUUGUCUCAAAAGAAAAAAAAAAAUUUCCAGCAUUCUCAGCAAAACUGUCCUUGGUGAAAGGCCUUGACUCCUCUGUGAAAUGGUUGCUGGAAGCCUUCUUUCAUUUGUCUACUCCAAAAGUGGAGCUUAGAAACCUGUGGCCCAAGUAGGUCAGAGGAAGGAAAUGGCCAGUAUGAAUGAUCAUCAGGUAGAAUACAGUAACCUAGAUUAGGCUUACAAAAGAGUUAAUGAUCGUGAAGGCCCGCGGCGGGUGUUGACGCGAUGUGAUUUCUGCCCAGUGCUCUGAAUGUCAAAGUGCAGAAAUUCAAUGAAGCGCGGGUAAACGGCGGGAGUAACUAUGACUCUCUUGAGGUAGCCAAAUGCCUCGUCAUCUAAUUAGUGACGCGCAUGAAUGGUCAUGUGAGUAGGUAGGGACGAGAUUCCCACUGUCCCUACCUACUAUCCAGCAAAACCACAGCCAAGGAAAUGGGCUUGGCGGAAUCAGCAGGGAAAGAAGACCCUGUUGAGCUUGACUCUAGUCUGACACGGUGAAGAGACAUGAGAGGUGUAGAAUAAGUGGGAGGCCCCCGGCGAGGGGGCGGGGAGGGGCGGGGUCCGCCGGCCUUGCUAAGAAACUCACUCAAAACCGCUCAACUACAUGGAAACUGAACAACCUGCUCCUGAAUGACUACUGGCUACAUAACGAAAUGAAGGCAGAAAUAAAGAUGUUCUUUGAAACCAACGAGAACAAAGACACAACAUACCAGAAUCUCUGGGACACAUUCAAAGCAGUGUGUGGAGGGAAAUUUAUAGCACUAAAUGCCCACAAGAGAAAGCAGGAAACAUCCAAAAUUGACACCCUAACAUCACAAUUAAAAGAACUAGAAAAGCAAGAGCAAACACAUUCAAAAGCUAGCAGAAGGCAAGAAAUAACUAAAAUCAGAGCAGAACUGAAGGAAAUAGACACACAAAAAACCCUUCAAAAAAUUAAUGAAUCCAGGAGCUGGUUUUUUGAAAAGAUCAACAAAAUUGAUAGACUGCUAGCAAGACUAAUAAAGAAGAAAAGAGAGAAGAAUCAAAUAGACGCAAUAAAAAAUGAUGAAGGGGAUAUCACCACCGAUCCCACAGAAAUACAAACUACCUCAGAGAAUACUACAAACACCUCUACACAAAUAAACUAGAAAAUCUAGAAGAAAUGGAUAAAUUCCUUGACACAUACACCCUCCCAAGACUAAACCAGGAAGAAGUUGACUCUCUGAAUAGACCAAUAACAGGCUCUGAAAUUGAGGCAAUAAUCAACAGCUUACCAACCAAAAAAAGUCCAGGACCAGAUGGAUUCACAGCCGAAUUCUACCAGAGGUACAAGGAGGAGCUGGUACCAUUCCUUCUGAAACUAUUCCAAUCAAUAGAAAAAGAGGGAAUCCUCCCUAACUCAUUUUAUGAGGCCAGCAUCAUCCUGAUACCAAAGCCGGGCAGACACACAACCAAAAAAGAGAAUUUUAGACCAAUAUCCUUGAUGAACAUUGAUGCAAAAAUCCUCAAUAAAAUACUGGCAAACCGAAUCCAGCAGCACAUCAAAAAGCUUAUCCACCAUGAUCAAGUGGGCUUCAUCCCUGGGAUGCAAGGCUGGUUCAACAUACGAAAAUCAAUAAAUGUAAUCCAGCAUAUAAACAGAACCAAAGACAAAAACCACAUGAUUAUCUCAAUAGAUGCAGAAAAGGCAUUUGACAAAAUUCAACAACCUUCAUGCUAAAAACUCUCAAUAAAUUAGGUAUUGAUGGGACAUAUCUCAAAAUAAUAAGAGCUAUCUAUGACAAACCCAUAGCCGAUAUCAUACUGAAUGGGCAAAAACUGGAAGCAUUCCCUUUGAAAACGGGCACAAGACAGGGAUGCCCUCUCUCACCACUCCUAUUCAACAUAGUGUUGGAAGUGCUGGCCAGGGCAAUUAGGCAGGAGAAGGAAAUAAAGGGCAUUCAAUUAGGAAAAAAGGAAGUCAAAUUGUCCCUGUUUGCAGGUGACAUGAUUGUAUAUCUAGAAAACCCCACUGUCUCAGCCCAAAAUCUCCUUAAGCUGAUAAGCAACUUCAGUAAAGUCUCAGGAUACAAAAUCUAUGUGCAAAAAUCACAAGCAUUCUUAUACACAAAUAACAGACAAACAGAGAGCCAAAUCAUGAGUGAACUCCCACUCACAAUUGCUUCAAAGAGAAUAAAAUACCUAGGAAUCCAACUUACAAGGGAUGUGAAGGACCUCUUCAAGGAGAACUACAAACCACUGCUCAAUGAAAUAAAAGAGGAUACGAACAAGUGGAAGAACAUUCUAUGCUCAUGGGUAGGAAGAAUCAAUAUCGUGAAAAUGGCCAUACUGCCCAAGGUAAUUUAUAGAUUCAAUGCCAUCCCCAUCAAGCUACCAAUGACUUUCUUCACAGAAUUGGAAAAAACUACUUUCAAGUUCAUAUGGAACCAAAAAAGAGCCUGCAUCGCCAAGUCAAUCCUAAGCCAAAAGAACAAAGCUGGAGGCAUCAUGCUACCUGACUUCAAACUAUACUACAAGGCUAUAGUAACCAAAACAGCAUGGUACUGGUACCAAAACAGAGAUAUAGAUCAAUGGAACAGAACAGAGCCCUCAGAAAUAAUGCCACAUAUCUACAACCAUCUGAUCUUUGACAAACCUGACAAAAACAAGCAACGGAGAAAGGAUUCCCUAUUUAAUAAAUGGUGCUGGAAAAACUGGCUAGUCAUAUGUAGAAAGCUGAAACUGGAUCCCUUCCUUUCACCUUAUACAAAAAUCAAUUCAAGAUGGAUUAAAGACUUAAAUGUUAGACCUAAAACCAUAAAAACCCUAGAAGACAACCUAGGCAAUACCAUUCAGGACAUAGGCAUGGGCAAGGACUUCAUCUCUAAAAUACCAAAAGCAAUGGCAACAAAAGCCAAAAUUGACAAAUGGGAUCUAAUUAAACUAAAGAGCUUCUGCACAGCAAAAGAAACUACCAUCAGAGUGAACAGGCAACCUACAAAAUGGGAGAAAAUUUUCACAACCUACGCAUCUGACAAAGGGCUAAUAUCCAGAAUCUACAAUGAACUCCAACAAAUUUACAAGAAAAAAACCACCCCAUCAAAAAGUGGGCAAAGGAUAUGAACAGACACUUCUCAAAAGAAGAAAUUUAUGCAGCCAAAAGACACAUGAAAAAAUGCUCAUCAUCACUGGCCAUCAGAGAAAUGCAAAUCAAAACCACAAUGAGAUACCAUCUCACACCAGUUAGAAUGGCAGUCAUUAAAAAGUCAGGAAACAAUAGGUGCUGGAGAGGAUGUGGAGAAAUAGGAACACUUUUACACUGUUGGUGGGACUGUAAACUAGUUCAACCAUUGUGGAAGUCAGUGUGGCGAUUCCUCAGGGAUCUAGAACUAGAAAUACCAUUUGACCCAGCCAUCCCAUUACUGGGUAUAUACCCAAAGGAUUAUAAAUCAUGCUGCUAUAAAAACACAUGCACACGUAUGUUUAUUGCGGCACUAUUCACAAUAGCAAAGACUUGGAAGCAAGCCAAAUGUCCAACAAUGAUAGACUGGAUUAAGAAAAUGUGGCACAUAUACACCAUGGAAUACUAUGCAGCCAUAAAAAAUGAUGAAACUGGAAACCAUCAUUCUCAGCAAACUAUCGCAAGGACAAAAAACCAAACACCGCAUGUUCUCACUCAUAGGUGGGAAAUGAACAAUGAGAACACAUGGACACAGGAAGGGGAACAUCACACCCCGGGUACUGUUGUGGGGUGGGGGGAGGGGGGAGGGAUAGCAUUUGGAGAUAUAUCUAAUGCUAAAUGACGAGUUAAUGGGUGCAGCACACCAACAUGGCACAUGUAUACAUAUGUAACAAACCUGCACAUUGUGCACAUGUACCCUAAAACUUAAAGUAUAAUAAUAAUAAAAUAAAAUAAAAAAAUAGUUAAUGAAUGGAGUUCUGCAGGGUCUGCUUUAAAGAACAGAUCCUACAGUAUUUUAAUGGGGAAUGUAAUCUCAGUGUCAUCUCUGAGGCAUGUUUACUGCUAUAUCUCUAUCAAGCACCUGAAGUAGUGCCUGGAACAGAGGAAUGACUCAGGGUGUGGUGACUGGACUGGAUGGCACUUUCAAACCACUGGACCUGUCCCACGAUGGGGCAGUGAGUUUCCCGUCCCUCUACCUAUAAGGUAUCUAAAAGGUUUAGCCUUGCAUGUGGUAGAUGUGCUUUGAAGGGGGUUUUUUAGGAGACAGUCUAGAGAUGACCCCUAAGUAACCUGCCUACAAUCUCCUUUAUGCUCAGUUGAUCAGUGAAGUUUUUUUCAGGGACAAUGUAAAACAGUAGUUCUGCUGGUAUCACUGACUAUGUAUUAGAAUCACCUAUGAACUCUUAAACACUAGUGUCCAUGGGCCCUAUUCUCAGGAUUUUCAUUUAAUUAAUGUAGGCUGACACCCAUUCAUCUGUUCUUCUUAAUGCUUUCUGAAUAAUCCUAAAGUGCAGUGAAGGUGGACAACCACUAACGUGGAAAAAAACAAAAACAAAACACUCCAAUAUGCAAUACAACUUCACAGCUAGCUCAGAACUAGUUCUCUGCAGGUCUCAUAACUUAUAAUAAUUCCUGCUUGGAAGCCAGAAGGCCCGUUCCUCUAUUGUCACCAUAGCCAAAAAGCAUAAUCUUCAAGGCCUGAUUCAUCCUUACCUCCUCCAGGAAGCCUUCUCUGCCUGUUCCAGCCUAUUUUUCUGUCCCCUUAUUGUACUUCCUGCCAGUGCUUGCAUCCCUGCUUUGACUCAUAUCCCUUUGGCCCUUCUCUCAUAUCCCUUGUGCCCUUCUCCUUUCCUUUCCUGAGCCUCCACCACACUCCAAAUUGAAUACUCUAAAAGGUUUAGCCCUGCAUGUGGUAGAGGUGCUUUGAAAGGGGUUUUUUAGGAGACAGUCUAGGAAUGACCCAUCCUGUGCAUGUCUACUCACCAAACCCUGUUUUAUAAUUGCCUGCCCAUUUGUAUGCCUCUCAAUGAAACUGUGCACACCCCGAGAGGAAGAACUGUGACAUAUUUACCUUGGCAACCACAGCACUUCGUGCAUGCAAUAGAGUAAACACGAUUGCACAGAUGGAUGGAAGGAAGGAUGAAUGAGUGGACAGAUGGAUGAAUGAAGUAGUAGUACUCUUUGUGGGGCUUAA